CCCGCACCCGAAAACCCAGGAGCUUACGGCAUGGAUAACCUGACCUCCUCCACCGGCGGCGGCAAGGACUCGUGCACCUACCACGAGGAGUUCAAGCAGAUCUUGCUGCCCGUGGUCUACUCGGUGGUCUUCGUCCUGGGGCUGCCCUUGAACUUCACCGCCAUCGCCCAGAUCUGGCUGUCGCGCAAGGCUCUGACACGGACCACCAUCUACAUGCUCAACCUGGCGGUGGCCGACCUCCUCUACGUCUGCUCCCUUCCUCUCCUCAUCUACAACUACUCCCAGAAGGACUACUGGCCUUUCGGGGACUUCACCUGCCGGUUCGUGCGCUUCCAGUUCUACACCAACCUGCACGGCAGCAUCCUUUUCCUCACCUGCAUCAGCAUCCAGCGCUACCUGGGCAUCUGCCACCCUCUCUCCACCUGGCACAAGAAGAGGGGCAAAGGAUUCACCUGGGUGGUCUGCGGGGUCGUGUGGUUCCUGGUGGUCGCCCAGUGCCUGCCCACCUUCGUCUUCGCCGCCACCGGCAUCCAGAGGAACCGGACCGUCUGCUACGACCUGAGCCCGCCGGACCGCUCCGCCAGCUACUUCCCUUACGGGAUCACCCUGACGGUCACGGGCUUCCUGAUCCCCUUCGUCUCGAUCUUGGGCUGCUACUGCUGCAUGACCAAGAUCUUGUGCCAGAAGGACGAGAUGAUCGGGCUGGCCGUCCGCAAGAAGAAGGACAAGGCCAUACGGAUGAUCGUCAUCGUGGUCCUCGUCUUCGCCGUCAGCUUCUUCCCCUUCCACCUCACCAAGACUCUCUACCUCAUCAUCCGCUCCAUCCCCGGGGUGCCCUGCCUCACCCGGCAGGCCUUCGCCAUCGCCUACAAGUGCACCCGGCCAUUCGCCAGCAUGAACAGCGUCCUCGACCCCAUCCUCUUCUACUUCACGCAGCGCAAGUUUCGCGAGAGCACCCGGCACCUGCUGGAUAAGGUCAGCACCAAGUGGAAGCACGGCUCGUGAGGGAAGCGUCCGUGAUCCUGUGCCAAGGAAGGGUUGGCGAUGCUCCGUCUGCGUGGCACCGGGCGCCGGAGGGAGAGCUCGGCCUAGCGCGGCUUCAGAGGCCUAACUCUGGUUGCCAUGCCAACCCUCUCGGAAGGCCUUGGGAAGAAUGUCACUGUGUGAACAAUGGACCGCCGGGAUGCUCUGCUCUCUCCCUUGCCUUAGGGCUGCGAGGAUUCGCUCCUGCUGGUUUGGGAGAUAUCUGCUCCCCGUGGCCGGCUCCAGCGGUCCUUCGUACCGCCAUGCACCGGACGUGCGACCCAGAAGCUAAAUUGAGUGGCAGAAGGAUAGGAGAAAUGCGACUGGCGUAAAGUCAGGGACAUAGAUGCCACCCUCUCCCAAGUCACUCUGUCUGUCCACCUGGCACAGUCUUGUCUACCUGGACUGGCAGCAGAUCCCCAGGGUUUUUGGCCGGAGCCAUACCUGUAAAUCAUAGAAUUGUAGAACUGGAAGGGGUCCCCCAAAGGUCCUCUAGUCCAACCCCCUGAAAUGCGGGAAUAAACGAGAUGCCUUUGGAGAUUGAACUUGAGACCUUCUGCAUGCUGAGCAGAUGCUCUGCGGCGGGGCUACGUCAGCUGAAGGAGUCAGGAUCCUGAGCUAACCUCUUUAAUGAGAUAUUCCAGAUGGACCGAAUGGGCUCUGGGUGACUGGGAG